CUUCUCAGGGCCAGCCAGGCAUCGAUUGAACCAUUGAACGACUUCAAACCGAGAUGAUAAAGCGUGCAUAUGUAAGUAGCAUCUGAACAACACUAGCCGGCCAGUUGAAGAGCUGGUGCUCCGUAUUCGCCAUGGCCGAAUGAGGCCACGGGGCAUCCAGUCCACAUGGAGAGAGUAAGUGAGAAAGAGGCAACAGGAACGUACAGGAGUCCUUGGUUCUAUAUGUUCUUGCUUGUCCAGGUCUACGCGGGGGUCGUCGCCAGAUAUAGUGUCCUUGCGGGCGAACAAACAGAGGUUCUGUCGUGUAGUCUGGGCGUUGUCGGUCGUAUCAGGCGAGAAGUAUGUGAUGAUUGCGUCGCUGAGGAAAAGACUCGAAAGGUCGUCGUGAUCGCUGUGUCGAAGGAAGCAAGAGAGGGUUGUUAUUGUCGAAGAAGUUGGACCAUGCAUGAUACUGAGAAAGGAAGACCCAAAUGGGUCAGCUCGUUGCCCUUGGUUCCACCCCUGUGUCUUAUCCCGCCCUCGUUUCUUUUCGCGGUCGGUCUCACAACCCCACUCGUCCAUCACGCAUGCGCUCGCUCUUUGACCACCUUAACAUCACCAGUAGCGUUAGCCCCCACAACCUCUUGAGGAGACUCUGGGUCGAACAUUGAAAAGCCUGAGAUGACACAACCGGACGAACGAGAGCAGAAGGGCCAAAUAAUGGACACUAUUGUGGUAGAUUCAUCGCCAGAUUGUCCGAGCCCCGUGGACGCCCCUGAAAACUCUUCGUCGGC